UUAUAAACAGAGUUAAAAUGAAUUCCAGAAAAUUAAAAUUUGUAGCAUAUUCCAUGUAUUCUCUAGUUUCUCUCGUCACUGACGUCAGUUUCGGUCGUGGUUGCGAAAUUUCCCAAAAUCUUUUCAGAGAGUCACUAACAUGUGAUGGUUUAGACAUCAAGACAGUUAGGUCAAGAUCACCUUGGAACAUGUGGCGCCAUCUGUCGUGUCCAGCAUACCAGCAGCUGCCUGCACCAGCAGAACGUGAAGAAGAUGGUUUUGUGCUGGUCGGUGAGACAAUUAGUGAAAGGAAUGCAACUGGGCUAAGAAGUUGUCCCAACCAGGAAGAUCUUCCACCUUCAUAUGAGAUGACAAUGUCGAUGAGCCAGUCUGAUCGACCUCCAGUUUAUUCUGAGCUGCCACCAAGUCUUCCAUAUUUCCAUAGCCUCUCACUCCAGGAUCAAUUCCCAUCACUCGCAUCUUCGUAUUCUAGAGCAAAUUCUUCGUGCAAUAACAACGAAGUGAAUGAAAAUGUCCAAACUGCAUCGAAGGACUGGUCAACAUUCAAUGUAGAACCAUCUACUAGAACUCCCUUGGAAUCACCUUCCAGUUCAAACCAGGGUUUUAGACUCUCAAACAGCCUACUUUUACUGACAAGUGCCAAAGACUUGCAUAUCCCUGUGAUGCCUGCGCUAGAUUUGGACAAAUUUAACUAUGACUUUUCAUUAGAAAGGAGCUUUUUGAGAGACUCUGAAGCGGAUGAAAGAGUUGGGACGUUAGUGGAAAUAGACAGUCGUUUUGAUGCAGGGUGGAAUGUCCAUGGCCCUCUAUUGUCAGAUAUUCAAACAGAUGUGCUGGAAUUCUCUGGAUUUGGUUAGUGUAAAAACCAAGAUGGAAUAAAGGCUGGUCUUUAGUUAUUCUUGUAAAAACCCUAAAAUCUAGUCAUUUUGAUUGUUGUAAAUUGUGCCAUAUGAUAUUAUUUCGCCUGUCUAUAUAAAUGAAAAUUUCAUAUAAAAGUUAUGUUUGUACUCUGCCAGCAUUUCAAUGAACGAAUUGUGAGUUGUGAAUUGUGAA